GUUUCAGGUUCCGCAAAGAGCUGUGGGUACGACCCCGGAGAAGGAGGCCCAAGAUGGCGGAAGCGGCGCAGUCUCCAGGAGACCCGGGGACAUCGCCCAAGCCAUUGUUUGCAGGCCUUUCUGAAAUAGCCAUUUCCCGUGACAUUCCUAUCGAAGGCGAAAUCACCAUUCCUGUGCGAUCCAGGAUUCGAGAAUUUGACACUUCUACAUUGAAUGAGUCUGUCCGUAACACCAUUAUGCGUGAUCUCAAAUCAGUUGGGAAAAAAUUCAUGCAUGUUCUGUAUCCCAGGAAAAGCAGUGCCCUUUUGAGAGACUGGGACUUGUGGGGACCGUUGAUCCUCUGUGUGGCACUGGCACUGAUGCUGCAAAAAGGAUCCGAUAAUGAAAAAGAUGGAGGACCCCAGUUUGCUGAAGUAUUUGUCAUUGUCUGGUUCGGAGCAGUUACCAUCACACUCAACUCAAAACUUCUUGGCGGAAACAUCUCAUUUUUUCAGAGUCUGUGUGUGUUGGGUUACUGUAUCCUCCCCCUGACAGUAGCGCUACUGAUUUGCCGAUUGAUACUCUUGGCUGAACAGGGACCCAUAAACUUCAUGAUUCGUCUUUUCGUUGUCAUCGUAAUGUUUGCCUGGUCUGUCAUCGCCUCCACAGCGUUUCUUGCUGACAGUCAGCCACCCAACCGGAAGGCUCUCGCAGUUUAUCCUGUUUUUCUCUUCUACUUCGUUAUCAGUUGGAUGAUUCUCACCUUUACUCCCUAGCAGCUCAGUAAAUGUGUGAACUGGAAACGCAUCUUUCAGAUGCAGUUCACAAUUCAACUUAGCCUCUGGCCCUUUUUUCUCUCAUUUUGGAGGCGUUGGGUUACUGGGUAGGAGAGAUUAAAAGGGAGCCAGGUAGCGCUGUCGCCACUUUUUACAAGGAACUGAUGUUUGAAAGGCUGUCCUUUCCCUCUUAAUAUUAUUUCUUUGAAAAAUAUGUGCAUACUACACUUUAGUAUCAUGCCUCCAUAAGGCAUGAGGGAGUCAUUGUGGUCCGUUUUGGGUGACAGGCGAUGACUCUGGGAACACAUGGAUACAUCCUACAAGUUGAAUAGAGUUGGUAGCUAUUUUCAGUUUGAAAAUACCAGUUCAGGUGCAGCUCUUAAACACAUUGCCUUAUGACUAUUAGAAUAUGCCUCUUUUUUCAUAAGUAAAAAUGGAUGCCUCUAUCCAUUUUCUCUAAUUUCUGUCUCAAGCUCCAAAAGGCAAUGACAGGUUCAGAGAGGGGAGAGUUUCAUAGAUGUGGGAGGAAAAAGCAUGCUAACCAAUAUUCAGAUUUUUGAUUGCAAAAAAAUUCCUACACUUGUUGCUUUAAAAAAGGAUAACCACAAAGAGCCUAAGAAUCAGCCUCUUGAGUCUUUUUGUGUAGUCACAUUCCUGCCAUGCUUAACAGCACCUUGGAAGACACUCUAGUUUUUAAUUUGCUUCCUUGAUGUCAUUGUGUAUUGUGAGAAUGGUAACAGUCAGCGUGGCAUUUGCCUUGGACGGAAGUUCUCAGUGGCCCAUAACUGGAGCGUAUUCAAGUAGAGCUCUCUAACGCAUAUUAUCAUGUGGGCAGACCUCUCUUCAUGAGAGUGGACUGAGACAGCUUGCAUGCCUCAUAGUUCGAAGAAAGUUAUUCUUUAUAGUGUGGUCUCUAACUGAAAAGUGAAGAUACAUCAGAAGCCUGCAUUUAACCAUGGGAACACAAAGGGAUUGUUCCAGUGGCUGAUUAACAGAACAGCUGGAUGUUGAAAGCAUAGUGCAGGCUGUGUUGAGUUUACAGCUGCUGCUGCCUUUUCAUAGUGGGUUGAGCAGUUUUUACAUUAUAUGUGUUUUUCAGGUUGGGAAAUAGCAAUUGAUUUUCUUAGUUUUCGAUUUUAUUGGUGAAGCUGAUUUACGCCCCUCCCCCUUUGACCAGUAGAUUUUUGCACAGAUGCACCUACUUGUACUUUCAGCGAUUUAUGCACGCAAGUGUGAAGGCCGCUCAGGGAGCAGUUUGUCUGAGACAAGCUGAUUCUGAGCUAACCAAGGCUCCUUUAAAGUAAUAUGAUCUGUUGCCUUCUAUAAAUUGCACAUUGAGGAACUCUAAUAGGCAGGCUAGGAGUCAGGCAGAAAGCUGUUCGUUGUAAAUGUAUAGUUAGUUAUAAAGAUAAGAGUUGCUUAUUCUACAUUUUUUUCUUUAUUAUAGAAUUUAAAUAUUUAUUCAUUUUGUAUUUAAGGAUUACAUACACAUAGGUAAUAUGAUUCCAAAAUGUUUUUUCUCCAUCCCAUGAUGAACCACAUACACAGCACUAGGCCAAAUGGAUUCUUGAAAAGGUACUCAGUUGCAACAGACUGCAAAAUUGGUCCCUUUAUCGCAGCCUUAUCCAGACUUGUUGGGUAUAUAUCUGUAUUACAGUUUACUUUUUUAAAGUGUGAGGACAGACUCAAUGUGUCAGUCUUAAUUUGGUAAAGGAAAUAUUUUGAAACUCAUCCUGAUUUUGAAAUUGAUCCAUUUUCACCAAGUUCUGUAACUUCAUACUAAAAAUGUUUCUUUUCCAAAGUUGUUAUAUAUAACCUGUCCCAUUGUUUGUAAGUUAAAAUUAAAGAAGUUACCAUGCUUCUCAAAGGGAACUAAGUCUUCACUGAAUUUUACUCAGGUAACAUAUUUGAUCAGAAAUUCCUAAGACCACAACUUUCGGGGGAUUUGUAUGUGUGUACAUAGGGAGGAGUUAUGCAUAUCAAGUACUUGGGCAGCUCAUCCUGUGUAUUAAUCUGUCACCAUUGGGUGACAGUGACACAGGGAAUGGUUUCUAUCUAAGUGAAGGUGGAUAAAAUGGAGAUUUCAUUGUCUCUUUAUGAAAAUUAGAUGUGAAUAUUUCCUUAAUAUAUGCAAACAUGUACAUUACUUUCUGUGACAGAUGUUAAGAUCUGAAUGUCUGGAAGUUGUCUACUUUCAGUACAACUUUCCCUGAUUUGCUGCAAAGGUGCAUGCCUGAUUAUAGAAAUUAGAACUGGAAGGCAGGGGCCUCCAACCGAGGAAGCCCUGCACGGGAAAUGGGCAGUGUCGUGCUUCAGAUGAAAGUUAAGCAUGUAAGCAGCACUGCCCAAUGUGGUGCAUCACCUGCCAUCAGGGCUGAUCACUUGCUGCUCCUACUUCUGAAAACAAGAUGCCGUUGUCAUAUUCUUUAGCAAUAGCAAGAGUUGAAGACUGGAUUUAAUUGCUGUCUAGAUUAGAAAUACUUCAAUGAUGCCAACUGGUUUGAAUGUGCAUACAGUUGUAUAAAGUCAGCCAUUAAUUACUACAGUCUUUGGCCUCUUCACAGGUUUAUUAUGUGAGUUGAAUUGAAUCUUUUCAUUGCUGUGGUUUUUUUGUUUUGUUUUAUUUUGUUUUUUGGGUUCUUGGACAAGGUAGAGUCAUAGGGCAUGAAUAUUUGUCUUUAUAAACAGUACCUCCCCAAAAUGUGAUUAGAAGGCUGAGAAGCCUGUUUUUGGAGACUGAAUGUUAUACCUUAUGUACUCUGUUUACUGUAUUUGGACUAAACUAUUUAUGGAGCUGAAAAUGAAAAUCUCCUAUCAGUUCAAGUUCUUGGAUAACAUUAGUCAUUGGAACUUAGCUAAAGCUUAUCCUGAUUUGACAAAACAUCCAUUGCAUGCAGCUAUUUUAGUCCAGUGUAAAGCGAUUCUUAAUUAGACUGUUAAUUUUGGAAGCAUUUGGGUAGAAACGUAUGAAUGUUAAUCUAUGUAUGUAAAUUGGAAACAUUUUUCUAAAUUCUGUGAGAUUUUACUACAAAUAGAGAAUUUCUAGGGAUUUACUUUGGCCUUAGGAUGGCCAAAUGCUGACAAUAAUAUUACUUCUAAUAAUAGCUAACAUUUAUUGGCCACUUACUGUGUGCCAGACACUAUUUUUUUAAGAAUUUUUAUAUCAGCUUUAUUGAGAUAUACUUUACCAUGAAAUUCAGCCUUUUAAAAGUGUACAGUUCAGUGACUUUUAGUAUAUUCACAAAGUUGUGCAAGCAUCAUCGCUAAUUUUAGACCAUUUUCAUCACCCUGCAGAGAAGCCUGGUAUCCAUUAGCAGCCACUCCGAUUCCUCCUCCACCUCAGCCCCUGCGACCCACCCAGCCACUUUUUGUCCCUGUUGAUUUGGUGAAGCACAGUGGCUCAGUCUUUCCUGCAUCUCCUGACCUCUACGAAAAGUGCAAUUUUGAUUUUACAACAGGAAGAACAUGUUGGAUGAGAGCAUAGUGGGACAGACUUUUAAAUUGCUUUAUAUACGUGAAAAGGGUACCACCUUUCCAUAGCGUGUGCUCCCUGUUACUAGGCUAGAACUGACUAGGGCUCAGGAACUCUGGUUCUCCCCCCCCCACCCCCAUUGGUGAAACACUAGAUCAGCAGGAUCAGAGAAUUUAGGAACAGUUGCACAUUGGAAAGAGCUGACUUUGCUGGCCUCAUCCUCCUCGAGCCCUUUUCCUUUCCCCUUCCGCCACCGCCACCACGCAUCAUCUCCCUUUUCUCAGUGUCUUGAGAUAUCAGACAACUUCUGCCUCUUUUUAAUUCUCCCAGAGGGAUGGUUAAUGUAUCCCAAUUUACCUUGGCUUAUUCAGGUGUUGAUAGUGAAAAGGGAUGCAUCUGGUCACUUGAAGUGCCAGUUAUAUUCUGAAGACCUCAGAAGGCAGUCAUGCGGGAACAGGAUGCCUUCCUCUGUGGGCUAUAUUUGGUGUGAGGAAGAAAUAACAAGCAGAGGCUUGUCUGUUCUUGCGUGGUAGAAGGUGGCCGUUCACCGCUCUUGUUCACUCUGUUCUUUCGGAGCCUUUGUACUCUGUGCUAUCACUGAUAGUAAUUUAUUGGUCCUCUCCAGUGCUCUGUUUUAUGCUGAUCUUUACUAUAAAUAAUGAACCUGUGAAAAGGAAUGUGUAAAAUGAUUU